AUGGCACCCGAUCAAGCCGUUCUCGAUGCCUUUCUCGAUGCCUGCUUCGCGGAACCUCGACGAGGGACUCACUCCGCAACCGAAAACGCGAACUCCGAAAUCGUAGCCGCGCUCUUCAACGCUGGUGCUCUUGUAUCAGCUUCGACUGUGGAAUUCCUCUCUGGGCGUCCGCAGCACCCGGACGUUGUACACCAAUUCCUCGAACAUGGUCUUGAUCCCAAUGCGAGACUCUCUAGUGGCGAGCCUCUCCUAAGCUAUCUCGUUGAACCUGCUUGUGCUCGCGAAUUGCUUUCUCGUGGCGCAGAUCCCAACCUUUGCGGUCCAUCUGGAAAAUCCCCCCUCUUUCGUGCCAUAAUAAGCAGCGAGGAAGAAAAUACGGCUUUAUUCGAGCUACUUCUAGAGUAUGGAGCCAAACUUGAGCCAGAACUCCUAUUUGCUGCCGUGGCUCCUCGCGUACGCCAUCAAGAGCUCAAGACUAAGUUUCUUCUGGCCGAGGGUCUUGAUCCUAACAUGACCAAUGCAGAAUGGGGCACUCCUUUGCACCUGGCUGUCUACGCCGCAAAGCCGAAUAUUGUCAAACUGCUGCUAGAAGCUGGUACAGAUCCUACAACAGGAGUGGCUGGUAGAAGAUUCCCGGGUAAAAGCCCCUUGCAAAUGGAGCAGACUUUAGGACAUCGACAUUCCGAGCUUACGGAGACUAUACUUAGUCUUCUUCAGCCACAGCGGGGGCUCUGA